UUGAGCUGACUGGUGGGAAAUGGCAUUGCCGACAAGGUCUAGCGUCUUGGACCUGAGCUCCAACACACAGUGCACCAGAUCACCAGAGGAAAGCCACGAAGCUUGGGCACAAUGCAAAAAUGCUGGUAGGCAGCUUCCGGAGUACAAGGCAGUGGUGGUGGGCGCAAGUGGUGUUGGGAAAAGUGCUCUCACUAUCCAGAUGACCCACAACUGCUUCGUCAAAGACCACGACCCCACUAUUCAGGAUUCCUACUGGAAGGAGGUGGCCCUGGACAACGGGGGCUACAUUCUGAAUGUGCUGGACACAGCGGGGCAAGAUAUUCACAGGUCCCUUCGUGACCAGUGCUUGGCAGCCGGUGAUGGCGUGCUGGGAGUCUUUGCUCUGGAUGACCCCUCAUCUCUGGAUCAGCUACAGCAGAUCUGGUCGUCCUGGAGCCCUCAUCAGAAGCAGCCUCUAGUACUCGUGGGCAACAAGAGUGACCUAGUGACCUCUACUGGAGAUGCUCAGGCUGCUGCAGCUGUCCUUGCUCACAAGUGGGGAGCCCCCUUCGUAAAGACCUCAGCCAAGACACGGCAAGGUGUAGAGGAAGCCUUUUCUCUGCUUGUCCAUGAGAUUCAGCGGGCCCAGGAGGCGGUGGUGGAGGCAAGCAUGAAGAAGCCCCGACACCACAAAGCCGUCUGUAGCUGUGGCUGCUCUGUCGCCUGAAUAUCGCUCACAGCAGACCAGGAUGACAAUUCUCUUUGGCAUAAGAGUCCCCUUCCCCACCAAAUAACAGUUACCAUGGACAUCUUUUUAUUUUUCAUUUGGUGAGGAGUUGUUGGUAACAUGGGCUGUCUAGUAUUGGCUGUGUUUUAUGAAGCUUUAUGCAAAAUUAAAUGUUCUCAGGAUUCAAAGCUA